AAUUUAAGGGGGUAGGGGAAAGCGAGCGAUGAAAAAAUGGUGGAUAUCUGCAAAAUAUUUAUUUUGAUGCUCUUUUUUUUAAUAUCCCAACCACCAAAAUUUCUCGUGAAUAAAAAUUUCCCUGAAAAAUGAGCGAAUCCGGUGAUAAAAAGAGAGACCCCUGUAAGGACAGCCAAUGGCGGUGCGAGGAGGACGAUCCCCUCUGGAGGGUCUACGUGAACUCAUAUCUCGAAAAUGAGAAGAGAGUUGAGAGAGACGACAGGUUCGAUCGACGUCAGCCGGGUGAACUCGCCAGGUUACCCGACUUGCUCAACGAUGAUAGCAUACCAGCAACCCACUGUUGCUUUCCGCUCGAUACUUUCAAUCUCAAUGAACGAACACGACUGCCUGACCGUACUAAUACCACCGACAAAAUCAGAAUCUGGCGGAAUAUGAAAGCGGAUCCCCAAUUUAGCUACGAUAAGGGUGCAAUCGUGUCCAAAAGUGACCGAAAAUUGUGGCCGUGCGUAUCUCGUGACUUCUACGAAGACGAGAGAUUCGUAAAAACCCUCGAGAAGCGAAAAUUGCGGGGGCUGUUACCCUGUCAGGACAUGUACCCCGAUAAUAUCAAGGAAUCGGAAAAUUUCGCUCUCUACAAGGAGCUGGGACAUGCCAGGAUCCCCGUGUCGUGCCCCCGCACUGAGAAAUUAUUACGAGUGGAUCGAGCCUCUGGCGAUCGUCCCGGUCUCGUCGACGGUGUGUACGUAAUCUCGGAGUUGGCGUCCGAAGCCGAUGAGAAUCGAGUCUACACUCACGUGUGCUUAAGGGGGACUAAGGGGAUGCAUGUGAUUGAAUUGUGUGGGGCGAGGACGCGGGAGAAGACCUGGAAGUUUUGUUUUUAUCAGGCAGUCGUUGCUCUAUUGGCUAAAACUCAGUUGAGUGAUAAAACUCCUUGCAGAUACAAAUACGCAACGAGUUCCAACAUUGAUUACAUCUACGAUCACGCCUGGAUGCUAUUCAUCCACAUAGGAAGUCUUAACAUAAAAAAAAAUCUUCAGUUAGACGAUAUCGUCGUUUACAACUACAAAUACUCGGUGGAGAUUGACUUGGAGGAUGAGCUUAUUGUUCUAAAAAUUCCCGACGUCACCUGGGCAUUUCUAGAGCCAUCAGUUAAGAAGAUAAAGAACCAAAAGCGUCCAGAGCUCAUGAAGAUGAGCGAGGAACUUGGCUGGGAGAAGAUAAAUCAUGAAACCCAUCUCACAAUCCACCGAGAUACGGAGACAAUCGAGAAAUUUCUCGGGAAUGUUCCAGACAAUUGUCACAACUUCAUCCUGAGGACUUCCAGAUUCUCCAUAGCAAUCUGGAGGGAUGGUAAUUUCUGGUAUAUCUACAACCCCUACCGCUGUGAGGCUUUCGGCUACUGGGAUGACCAAGGCAGUGCAUGCAUAAUCAAGUUUACCUCCAGGAAUACGUUAAAUCGUCACAUCGUAAUUCUCCUGCUGAGAGCCUACGCUCCUGAGUCCCACGUUAUCAAUACCCCCCAGGAAUCUCCACCCGACAAACCCCUCAUAAUUCAACUAUUCAAGAUAACCUACACCUGCGCCAAGAUUCACAACCUUAAAUUGCUGGAACGGAAGCCCCCAAAAUCAAGGCUCCAAAAAGUCUGGAAGGACCAGGAGAUUAAGCCCCUUCCGAAUAAUUACACUGGUCUCGCUGAGAAGAAAACCUGGCUGAAGACCCAUCACAUAAUUUGGAAAAAAUGCACAAAGACAACCAGCAAAAAAAACAAGUGGCACGAGUAUUACGUCGACGAGCCCGACAAAGUGUUUUCUCUCUGGGGCGAGAUACAUCCGACGGAGGAGAUAUUUUCCGAGAAUAACCGGGGAUAUCAGGUGUACGCGUGCUACGUCGUGGCUGCUGGUAUGAGUCGCAUAAUGGCACCGGAAUAUUGGACUCCGAAGACAGUAGAUACAGUCGUCAUGUGUGGAGACAGAUAUUACACAUUGAGUAGACUUCAAAGUGAUGUUACAACGUCAAAAGGUGAUUUUGUUACUGCCUGGGAUAUGCGCCUUUUAAGGCACUUUAAAAUCGGGGAUAUUGUCUUCGAGAUUGAUGUUAUGAGGGGGGUCGAGGGGAGGCUGUAUACCGAGGAAUCCCUCUGGAAGAUAUUAGAGCAAUUUUUCCUGAAGCACUCGUUUGGAAUUCUCAAUUGCGAGAACUCCUGUCUCGGGAUUUUUAAACUCUCGGGGGCUUAUUUCAUGAUGGACGUCAACUCUGUGGGACCGCCUGUCUUCGACCUUGGGGAUGGGGUCGGCUAUCUGGUGAGGGUUACGUCCUUCAGAAGGUUCGUUGAGACUUUGGUGAUCACCAUCGGCUCGGCCGAGUGCAGCUUGUUUCGUCUUCACUCGGUGGAAGUCAUCAAAAUCGUCGACGUUGGACUGUGAAGUCAGUGAUAUAUUGCAGAUGAGUCCAAUUUCAUUUUGACGUCUCGGUGCAUCUCGGCCUCGGGGAAAUCAUUUGUUUUGUGAAGACAGUCGACUUCGCCCUUUCAACUGGUGCAUCCUCACAGGUACAUGAUAAGAAAAAAAAAUAAGACCGGUGUAAAUGUUCACACAAUAAAUGAUGUAAUGGAUAGUGCGGAAGCCUCUGACACUCGUAACUGUUGCGAAGUAUCAUCUUCGAGGCGAAGCAUUCAGAAUUCAUUGGAUGAAUUCAAACAGCUUCGGAGAUGUAAUGUAGCAAUUUUAAUUCACCAUCAAAUUAAUUAAAAAUCUUAUGAAAUUGUUAAUAAGAACUCGGGUUAAGGAGUGAGUGGGAGCUAGGCAAACAGUGCAUUUCAGAGUAAACGCGGAAACAAAAGGGAAAAAUUUCAUUAGAAUUUUAUAAACACGUGUGGCCCAUAAUUUCAAACAAGAAAUACUCCUGUAUUUUUCUCAUUUUUCCACCUAUGCAAAGUCUUUGUUAUAUUGUUGAUUUUUCAACAGAAAAGAAUUUUUUUCAUCAACCACGGAUCGAGACCAGUUUCAUA